AUAACCCCCUUCGUCUCGUUUUCUUUUCACAGUCUUCCAACGAUGCGCACGUUAAUCCUCGUUCUAGCCGUGUGCGUGGUCCUCGCCGCGGCCCAGAGAGGACACAGCCAAGGCAACCGCGGCCAAGGCAACCGCGGCCAAGGCAACCAGGGCCAAGGCAACCAGGGCCAAGGAAACGGGGAUGAAGAUAAACAAAAGGGACGGCUCCUUGCGCUCCCUGAUCCGGAGCUCUGUGUCUCUCGACCCAAGCAAUGGCAGUUCGGAAACCACUGGUACUUCUUCUCCUGGGACCAAGACCAUCCUAAACUGAAGGGCCAGAAGGUCGACUGGCUGGAGGCCCGUAACCAGUGCCGCUUGCGCUGCAUGGACGCCGUCGGCAUGGAAACUAAGCAGGAGAACGACAUGAUCUUCGAAUUCGUUCGUAGCCGUAACCUCAGCUACAUCUGGACAUCUGGACGCCUGUGUGACUUCAAGGGUUGCGACGAGCGCGAGGAUCUGAAGCCCAUUAGCGUCCUUGGCUGGUUCUGGUCCAACACCAACACCAAGAUGGCCCCCACCAACAGGCCUCCUCCCAACUGGGGCUACCAACCCUGGAGCGACAAGGGCCACACCGGCGGUCCUCAGCCCGAUAACGCCGAGUUCGACAUCAACAAGACCUCCGAAUCGUGGUACCAAAUGAAAAUCCGACAUUAUUAGAAUAUCAGUAUGGAGCCACUGAUCUCUAUAUAUGGCAAGUGGCACUCAAAGAGAGGAAGAAAGUGUAUAAUGGGUUGACCCCAGUGCCAUUUAUAUCAGUUCAGAUUUGAAGUCAAGAAAAUUAUAAGUGACAUACCGAGAAAAUAUCGCUGGGAAAAUGUCGAAGAAAAAGUUAACGUUAACUGAAAAAAGAAAAAAAAAAUCGUCUGAUAUUUAUUGCCUAAAGUAUUAUUGUAAAGAUGUUUACAAUACACUAAAUU